AACUUCAACUCGGUCAAAGCCUGCAGGGCGGAAGCAUCCUGUGAUCGGAGUUCCACCGAACCGCCACUUGUUUCGACAACGGUAAACUUCAGCUGAAAGACGUGGCGAUUGAAGUUUCCGGAUAACAAGAUCCCAAAUCACUCAGUUCCGUCUCUUCAAGUGGCAGCUAGGUGGAUGUAGCGAACUAUUCCCUUGUCAAUAAAGUGAUCUCUUUGUGACUGGAUACGCGGGACAGAAGGAUUUUCCUAACACAGUGUGAUUGUGGAUUUGCAACGGAUUUGAGGCGAAGCGGAAAAUAUGAGAAGAUUACGUUUAAAGAACUUGGUGUAUAGCUUAUUGCUAAUAAGCAUAGUCCUAAAAAAUGUUCCCCAUGCAACUGCUGCCAAACCUGGAACAGCUAAAACAACCAAAUCUCCCGCAAAAUCGACAACUUCAACAAUGUCGACGAAAGGUGUGACUCGCUCUACAACCAUUAAAUCAAGCUUCUCGAGCUACAUCUCGUCCCAAAGGAAAUAGUUCGGCAAAGAAAACCACUACUACGACGACGACAACAACAACGACUACUCCUGCAUCAGCAGAAGCAGCUCUUGAACAAGUUAUGAAACUGCACUACGGAGGAUCUUCCUCAUCUCUAAAAAAGAAACAGAACAACAAAGCAGCAGCAUCUACAACUACCCUGUCACCCAUCGAUAUUAUGAAUAAAAUUUAUCAAACCCAUGGUAUGGCUUCACAUGGCAUGUCUUCAUAUUCUUCAAGUAGUUACACAUCACAUUCUCAUUCGUCUACGGAAAAGAAAAAAGAGCACUCACCUUCAAUGGAUGAUAUUUAUCGUUUACAUGCUUUAGCAAUAGCUCAAGCGCCUCAUACUAAUACGAGAAAGACAACAGUGGAAGCAAGUUCGACUACGAAAAAGCCAUAUCAAACUUCAUCAGACACAAAUCACCAAUCUCAUUCAGGAUCUAAUUCAAUGGAGCACAUUUACCAACAACAUUCUUCACAUCCCUCAUCGAUGCAUCACAUUAUGUCACAGCAUUCCGUGCAGUCACACAGCUCCUCGCGGCCUCAGAAGACAUCAAGCUCUUCAUCUCAAGAAAGUUCAUCAUCGCCCCUAUCUACACUGAUGCAGCCACUUCUGAAACAACUUACACCUGUUGGAGCUGGUAUUAGUGUUGUCUUAGCUCCUCUGUUGUUAUUUAAUGGCUUCUUAACAUUUUUUAGCAACAUGAGUCGAUUUCUGAAUAAUUUUGCUCAAACAAUCCUUCCUGUAAGAAGACCUUUAGGUCAGCCAAAUCAAAAUCAAAAUUACUUUCAAAACCUGGGACCAGCCCAUCUUAAAAGGCAACCAAGAGACUGGCUUGAGCAUUUGCAAAAUCUAAAAGAUAUAAAUGACUUGACAGAGCUUAUUUUGAAAGCUAUUAAAGAAGCAGAAAUGGAAUAACUUUAAUUUAUUUACUUGCAUUUCUUUUACACAAACAGAUAGUGCCAUGAUGUAUUUCCCUUCAUGAAACGAAAGCUAUACUUGAAAAUUCAGAUUGAUUCUGCGAAAUACCUUUGAAUAUCUUUUAAAAAGUGAAUGUCUUUAAAUAUUUAAUGUUAUUUAUAUAUACAUAUUCGUCCUAUAAUUUAUGAAUGUAUUUAAUUUUAUUACUCUUACCAUUAAAAUAAAAUAAUUUA